AUGCGUCCAGCGCUGACGUCCGAUGUCGACUCGGCUGGUCGGUGCGCUGGCGGCCGCGUCCGUAUCGCCGCGUGCGUCGCCGAGUCGAAAGGCCUCGGCGCGUUCGCCGUGAUGCCCCUAUCGCCGGGCAUGGUGCUCGGAUAUUACGCCGGUGAGGUGCUAACCCUGGCGGAGAUGAUCCUCCGCUACGGGAGCGGCGACGUCGACUCGCCAUUUGAGUACGAGGCGGCGAAUCAACGGGCGGCUUGGGAGGCAGAGCGGAGUGCGCGCGGCGUCAGUUCCUCCGGGACCUACCUCUUCAACGCGGGCAGGUGUCCGCUCUCGGGACGCACGCUCCUCGUUGACGGCGAGGACCCGAGCCUCUCCAACUGGACGCGUUACAUCAACCAUUCCACCCGCCGCCCCGCCCUGUCAGCCCGCAGCGAGGUGCUAGCAGCGGAGGGGCGGGACGGGCUCGGAACGCCACGGGUCACCUUCGUGACACUUCGGGAAAUAGCGGAGGGGGAGGAGCUCACCUUCGACUACGGAGACGGGUUUGAUGUGGACGUCCUCUCUUUUGUCGACGAGUAG